UAAUUAUCCAGAAUGGAAAAUACAGACAGUGGAUCUUCUCUGGACAUGGAUGAAGUAAUUAACAUGAAUGAACAGUGCCUUGUAUUUAAGGAGACUGAACUUUGGAAAGAAAAUGUGGAUUUAAUAGAAAAGAGCAACCUGGGAAAUACCGUGUCCUUUUCCUAUGAAAUAUCAGCCCCAACCAACAUAGGGAUAAAAUUGGGCCCUGGUAGCCUCACCAGGAGGCGGGAUUUGACUGGUAAGUUGCAUCUACUGAAUGUGGAGCAUGAUGGUGCUGACAAUCCUCCAUAUCUAUUUGAUAGGCAUGCUCCAAGUAGGAUUUCUACUUCUCCAACCUUGAGGAGGCUAAGAAAAAAUACCUCAUCAGUUUCUCAAAUAGCUUCACUCCAGGACAAUGUUGAGAACGUAAGAAUAGACGAACAGAUGCCACAAAUCGACAUUUUUCUUUCUAUGCAUCCAGAACUUCCUUCUCGCCCUAAACAUUGUUCUUUCCCGUCAACCUCUGGCGUUUAUUCAAAUACAGUGACACAAGUACAACACUCUACAUCAGUUAACCCCACAAUGAAUCUACUAGAUAACAAUGGUGAUUUCAGUGAUACUCAAACAGUACAGAACAGUAGAGAGAACAACCCUUCUCUAGAAUGUGAAGGAAAGAAUUCUCAGCAAUAUAGCCAGGCCUUGGAUUUACAUAAAUCUAGUAGGUUAGCUGUCCGCAGGCAUAGCUCAGUGGUGGUGAGUUUGCCUGGACUUGAGAUGUUCCCUGGAGACUUGUUGAUAUCAGACAGUGCAGCACAAUUCCUAUACCAAUCAACAUCACUGCAAAACUCAGAGUCCAAAAGGACAUGGUGGCCAUUUGCUAAAAAAGGAAUGAAUAAAGACAAACAAAAACAAAUGGCUGAGCUGGAAUAUUAUCUCUCAACUCUAACCAUUAAAAUGUCUGAGUCUGGUGGCUACAAAUUUCACAGUGUAAAGGAUAAAACAUGGCAUGAAAUGCUGAAGAUGUAUCAACUGGAGUCACAAGCCACUAGUGAUCAGUUAGACACAAAGAAGAAAGAAGCUGUGUGGGAGCUAUUCACAACAGAAUGCAACUAUUUUCUUGAUCAUCUGUUGGUUCUCAAAAUGAUCUUUUUGGAUACAUUAAAGUACCUGCAGAGCAAAGAACUCCUAUCAGAUGUGGAUCCUGAGUUACUAUUUGCAAACCUGGAAGAAUUAAAUCAGGUGACUCUAAGUUUUGUAACCAGUUUAUUUAGCACCAUGGAGGAUCUUCUUCUCGGGCAAACACCCUCCCUUGAUUUCAUCAGUGUGCUCACAAAGCAUUUCAAAGGUAACCUGUGUCAGAGCCAUCAGAUAUACUGUCUGACUUACACUUCUGCUAUUUUUUACUUGGAAAAACUGAAAAAAAGAGAAGAUUUUGGCACCUAUUUGAAAUGGUGUGAGCGGAAUAAAGAAUGUAAGCGACUUCGUCUAGCUGAAAUGUUAGUUGCACCUUUACACAAGUUGACUCGCUAUCCCCUCCUGUUAAAGAACAUUUGGAAAAAUACAGACGCAGCAGAGAAAGUUAUCAUUAAUUCACUUAAGGAAAAGGUGGAAACAUCAAUACGCGAUUUGGAAGGUAAAGUGAAAUGGCUGGAUAAUUUUCAGAAAUUUAAACAGCUUCAGGAAAUUAUAAUUUGGCCUUCACUUUGGGAUCAAGACAAGAGACAUUUUGUUCCUGAGUCUCUCAAGUACAUGCUAAGAGAUAAUCCACAUGAAAACAUCUUGUCACCUACAAAGAGAUCACUUGUUCUUGAAGGCCGAUUGAUACUUGCAGAAUCUAUGAGAUUUACUGACGUCUAUCUGUUCCUGUUUGAUGAUUUGCUAUUGAUUACAAAACCUAACAGAUAUAAAAAGAAAUUUGACCUGAGUUUAACACCUGCUUGUUCUUUCUUCAGUCUGGAAUUGCAAUCUUUGCUUGAAGAAGGUGGUAACUGCAUAGUACUUGGCCAGCCUAUUCCGUUAGAUAGAAUGAUGGUAAAAAAUAUUGAUUCAUUCCAUAUCACAGCUUUGGGACUACGAAAUGCUUUUCUAAUACAGCAUGAGAAUAGAUAUCAACAGUGCAUAGGAGCCUAUUUACUUCAAGCACAAACAGAGGUAUCCAAGAAAACAUGGAUAUCCCAGAUGGAAACAACAAUCACCAACUAUAUAAGAAGAAAUAAUCUUUCAAAAACAUUUUUCAAUACACUUGCUGAAUCCUCUGAAAUUUAACUGUAACUUGUAAUAUUUCUACUUUUUAAUGUUUUUGAAUAUUUAAAAAAUGUUGAAAUGUUUUUGAAACCUUUCUGAAAUGGGAGUAUUCUUCAGUUAGAGCAGAGUUCAGAGGAUAACUCAUAUGAACAUAUGCAAACAUCAAUGUUACUAUGACCUUUAGUUCAUCUGCAUUUACUAAUAAACAUAAAUGGGGGGAAAAUCGGAAUAUUAAGUU